AUGGACGAAGAUGCGGCAAUCGAGGGCGGGCAGCUCGCGCCUCUUCUCGGAAACCGAAGUGCGGCCUCGCCGUCGCCGGACGCGUCCCUGCUCCGCCGCCUCUACGCCGGCCACGCCCUCGCUAGAUGGGGCACCAGGAUGUGGGAGUUCUCAGUUGGGCUGUACAUGAUCCGCAUCUGGCCAGGCUCGCUGCUCUUCACGGCGAUCUACGGCGUCGUCGAGUCGUCCUCCGUCGCCGUGUUUGGUCCCAUAGUUGGGACGCUGGUCGAUAAGCUCACGUACCUUCAGGUCCUUGGCCUGUGGCUGUUAGUCCAAAGCCUGUCCUUCAUCAUCGCCGGAGCCUCAGUAACCGCCCUGCUUGUUUACGACGACCUGAAAGCCACAAGCUUCCCUGUUUUCAUGGCGCUGGUCAUCGUGACCAACGUGUCAGGUGCGCUAGCAGCGCUCUCAACACUUGCCGGAACCAUACUGAUCGAGAGAGAAUGGGUGGUGGUGAUCUCGAGCAGGCACCCUCCUGCAGUGCUGACGGGGAUCAACUCGGUGGUCCGGCGGAUCGACCUGAGCUGCAAGCUGCUGGCCCCUGUCUUCUCCGGCCUCGUCAUCAGCUUCGUGUCGGCGCAGGCCUCCGCGGCAGCUCUGGCGGUGUGGAACGUCGCCUCGGUGGGGCUGGAAUACUGGCUCUUAGUCUCUGUGUACAAUGGCGUGCCUGCGCUCGCUGAGAGCAGCCGGCUGAGAACAGCUGAUGCAACAGAGGCCAUGUUGAUGUCGUCGUCGUCGUCGGAGAUCGUGUCACCGGCCGAUAAGGAGCUGGAUUGGAGGGUUAGGAUGUCGGAGCAGCUAUCCAUCAUACCAUGCUGGGAGUCAUGGGUGGUGUACCUGAGGCAGGACGUGGCGCUCCCAGGCGUCGCUCUCGCCUUGCUCUACUUCACCGUCCUGAGUUUUGGCACGUUGAUGACGGCGACCCUGGACUGGAAAGGCAUACCUGCGUACGUCAUCAGUUUGGCAAGGGGUUUCAGCGCCAUCGUCGGCAUCGGCGCAACGCUGCUGUACCCUGUGGUGCACUCAUGGGUGUCCACGCUACGAACAGGACUAUGGUCCAUUUGGAUGCAGUGGUGCUGCCUGCUGGUGUGCGUGGCCUCCAUCUGGGCGGCCAGCGACGUGGCGUCGGCGUGGAUGCUGAUGGCCGGCGUCGCCGCGUCGCGCCUAGGGCUCUGGAUGUUCGACCUCGCCGUGAUGCAGCUGAUGCAGGACGGCGUGCCGGACCACGAGCGGUGCGUGGUGGGUGGGGUGCAGAAUUCGCUGCAGUCCGUGUUCGACCUGCUCACCUAUGUCAUGGGCAUCAUCAUCUCCGAUCCCAGGGAUUUCAGCGAGCUGAUCGUGCUGUCGUUCUUCCUGGUGACCUGCGCUGCAGCCAUGUACACGCUGCACGUCUACCGCGUGCGCAAGCACCUCUUCCACUUCGACAAGAUCCUCUCCAAGAUCAGCUGGAACAAAGUUUCAUGA